AUGCACGGCGUCAAGAGAUCACUCGCCCCUCCUUCUGCCUCGGCGAGGGAAGCACGCAAAAAGAAGGAAGCGGCCAAACUCGACGAGUACUUGGUGGUAGAGAAGGCCUUCUUUGAUGCGAAACAACAAGGAGCUCUCGAUGAAUCAGCUCUCGACGCCACCACGAAUCUACUGGCCGCCAAUCCCGAGCAUUACACGGCAUGGAACUAUCGUCGCUCUGUCCUCUCGAACCUCUUCGCUGUAGGACUAUCCGAGACCAGCAAAGCAACCCAACCAGUGCCCGACUUUUUUGCCGCAGCCAGAGAGCCGCAGGCUUCGUCAUCUUCAGCAGAAUCAUCGUCUUCACCGGGUCUGCUCAAGCGGAGAUUACUGGAGGAGGACCUCGCCCUCACGCAGGAAGCUCUCCGGAUUCAUCCAAAGGUAUACUGGAUCUGGAACCACAGGAAGUGGUGCUUGAUUGAGAUGCCGAACGAGGCCAGUAGCGACGAGAAGAAUGAGGGGCUUGAGGCCCAGGCGAAGCUGAGGGCGGCCAAGUGGCAGAGAGAGAUGGGUCUGGUCAAUAAGAUGUUGGAGCUCGAUCCGAGGAAUUUCCACGGCUGGGAUUAUCGUCGAUAUCUCCUCACGCAAAUCGCCCUCGCAUCCGUCCACGCCUACGCUUCUUCCCCCUCCUCCUCUCAAUCCCUUCCCUCAUGGCCCUUCACCCUCACUCAUCCCUCCACCCCCACCGCAAUCCAGACGCACCACCUCCAGCUUGCCCGUGCAGAGCUCACCUACACGCUCCGCAAGAUCGAAGCAAACUUUAGCAACUUCAGCGCAUGGCACCAGAGAAGUUUGGUGCUACCGCAGGUGUGGGGUUGCGAGACUGCAGAGACGAAGAGCGGCGAUAGGUGGAAGAAGCUGGACGAGGAAUUCGACCUCGUCCGCCAAGCAAUGUACACCGAUCCGGACGACUCGAGUGUCUGGCUGUACCAUGCGUGGCUUGUUGAUCAACUCGAUCACAGCGAAGCUUCCUCUCCUGAAGAGCAAAGGGAUCGACAGGCCAAAUCUCUGCAGCGUGAGAUGGAUAGCAUCUCUGAGCUGCUCGAGGUAGAGCCAGAGAGCAAAUGGUGCUUGGAGGCGUUGAUCAGGUACCAGGGCUUGAUGAACGAGCUUCAGAUUGAAGGGGGAGGGGAGGGGAGGGACAGGCGGGAGAUGUUGAGACGGCUGAUUGAGGUCGAUCCGGAUAGAAGGGGAAGGUGGGCAAGUUUGCUGGAGAAGGAGCAGGACAAGACUUCAUAG